AUGGAAUAUAAAGAAGGUCAAGAAAAUCAUAAAUGUGAUGAAGCCUAUCCAAUACUUGAUAACGAAAAGGAAUUAAAGGCAUAUGAUAAUUUAAAAAAGGUCGUUGAAUGGUCUUUCAUUGAUAAAAAGCAAUUUUUAGAUCUUCCAUUCUAUUUACAGUCAUUAGAAGAAUUUCCAGAGGAUUACAUAUGCCAAGAAUCGCUCCUUAAAACAUUUGUCGAAUUAUAUAAUGAUGAAAAUCAACAAAUUUCACAAGCAGCAAUGAGAGUACUUAUAUACAUAAUGGAACAUGCAUCAGAUGAAACAAACUUAGAAAUUGUUGAUCUCUCGAACAUCAAAGAGAAAACACUGUCUUAUUUGGAUUUAAUUAACUCAGACCAACUAAAAAUUGAUAUAAUUAGACUUGUUACAUGUAUUUGCACAAUAGACUCAGACUAUUUUGAUUAUUUUGGUCCAUUUUUUGAGCAAGAAUUAAAAACUCAAAACAAACAACUCUUUUCAGUUUUAAUACACCAAAUUUAUAAACUCAUACAGAGAACCGAAAACAGUAUGGUUGUUGAAAUACUUCAAUUAACUAAAUUCCCAACCGGUAUCAAUGAUUUAGAUAUAAUACUUUUUAAAUGUCAUCAAAUUCUAGCAAAGCAAGAUAUAUUCAUUUUAGAUAUUGAUAAGCUAUUUUCAGAUGACUUUUCUCCAUAUAACAAACAAGUUCUUUUACUAUUGCUAGAAUUAGCAUCUGAUAACGAUGAUUUCUGUGGAUUGUUAGCUGGAAAACAAAUUGUUCUUCAAGGUUUGAUUGAAUCAAACAAUUUAUUAUUAUCUCUUGCUCUCUUACUUCUCAUUGCUGGAUCGCCAUGGGGAAACAAAUUACUUCCAUAUAUGGAUAGAUUUAUUGAUUUGUAUAGAAGUUCAGAAUUUAAUAUUAAAAUUUCAACAUUAAAAGUCAUAUUACAAAUAAUAAUGACUACAAAUUGCCAGAAUAUGACAGAUGAUCUGUUUGGUAUCAUUGAAGAAUCACUUACUUAUGAAAACCAUGAUAUCUUAAUGCUUAGCUUGAUAUCAUUGAUAAAACUUAGGUAUUUUACUGAAGAAUGCAUACAUAAUGCUUCGGAAUUAUUACAAUCAGAUGACAAUGAAGUUUAUCAGCAUGCAAGCUAUUAUUUGAAGUUAUAUGAUGAUUUGCAAAAAUCACAAAAAUAA